AUUAAACCGGGAUUCCACCCCGUCGUGACGUCAAUGGCGGCGUAGCCCCGCCCGCGGGCUAUAAAGCAGCCCGCUUACCGCAGUCGGCUCGGCAGUUUGCUGGACAGCUCCCGGGUGCUGAAUACUAGGACGGGGCUCGGCGUGGGGGGAACUUGGCUCCAGCACCAGCCAUGCCUGCGGGGGCCCCGUGCAGCCUUUUCUUCGCCUCUGUCCUCUUGCUGAGGGCAUGCGCCCAGAGCUUCGGCCAGACGCGCUUCAUCUGCACCUCGGUGCCGGUGGAUAUGGACAUGUGCACCUCCUCCCUGCCGAGCAGCGGCACGGCAGAGGAGCUGCAGACCACCGUCCUGCAGCUCCGGGAGACUGUGCUCCAGCAGAAGGAGACCAUCAUGAGCCACAAAGAGACCAUCAGGGAGCUGACCACCAAGCUGGGCAGGUGUGAAAGCCAGAGCCUGCCGGAGACUGGCCCCAGCGAGUCCAAAACGGGCGGGGGAUCCAGCCGCAAACAGCCCAGCUCGUCCAAAAACACCAUGGGGGAUCUGUCUCGGGCGCCAGCUGCGGAGACCUUGAGCCAACUUGGGCAAACUUUGCAGUCACUCAAGACGAGACUAGAAAACUUAGAGCAGUUUAGUAGGAUCAAUUCCUCAGGCCAGACCAACCACCUGCGGGACGUGCUUCAGAAUAAAAUAGACGAUUUAGAGAAGCAAGUUCUGUCCAGAGUGAACAGCCUGGAGGAAGGAAAGUUAACGAAGAACGAGUCGGAGGAACGAAGCAAAAUAGAGAGCACGCUCACUUCCCUGCACCAGCGAAUCAGUGACCUGGAGAAAGGGCAGAAAGAGAGCCGGCCGGCCGACAAGUUCCAGCUGACCUUCCCGCUGCGGACCAACUACAUGUACGCCAAGGUGAAGAGGAGCCUGCCCGAGAUGUACGCCUUCUCCGUGGGCAUGUGGAUCAAGUCCAGCGCCUCGCCCGGCGUGGGGACGCCCUUCUCGUACGCGGUGCCGGGCCAGGCCAACGAGCUGGUGCUCAUCGAGUGGGGCAACAACCCCAUGGAGAUCCUCAUUAACGACAAGGUCGCUAAGCUCCCGUUCGUCAUUAACGAUGGGAAGUGGCACCAUAUCUGCAUCACCUGGACCACGCGGGACGGCGUGUGGGAGGCCUACCAGGACGGCGCGCAGGGGGGCCACGGAGAGAACCUGGCUCCCUACCACCCCAUCAAACCGCAGGGGGUCCUGGUCCUGGGCCAGGAGCAGGACACCCUGGGCGGGGGGUUCGACGCCACCCAAGCGUUCGUGGGCGAACUGGCCCAUUUCAACAUCUGGGACCGGAAGCUCAGCCCCGGGGAGAUCUACAACCUGGCCACGUGCAACACCAAAGCCCCCGCCGGCAACGUCAUCGCCUGGUCCCAGACCAACAUCGACAUCUACGGGGGGGCCACCAAGUGGACUUUCGAAGCUUGUCGCCAGCUCAACUAGCGGCUGGAGCGCGCCCCCCCCCCGCAAGGAAUCAAGGACUCAAGUCUGUCCCCCUCCCCCGCCCGUCUGUGCAAAGGCAAACCCAGCAAAGCCCCAGGCCCCGGCCUUGCCCGCCAAGCGGGGCGCGCUCCCGUCGGGGGCCGGCCCCGGGCAGCCCCGAGCUGCGCCACCCACAAGUAGGUGAGAGGGGUGGUUCGUUCUUCUUCGCUCUGUCUCUGGAGCGCGGCGUCCGCGCUCCCCGCUCCCCGACCCGGCUCAUUUCUGUCUGCCAACUUCUUUUGAAGCCUGCGUGCCUUGGGCUGGUGCAGCGCCUCAGCGCAUCUCUUCAUCUGCAUCCUGGGUAAGGAGAGCGCUGCUCCUGCUCCUGCUGCUGCUCCCGCUCCCCUCCCCCGCGGCUCGUCCCCUCGUAGCCAAGCAGGGGGGCGCGUCUGCACCCCGAGAAGGGGGGGCGCUGAGUUCUCGCUCCAUGCCUACCCGCACGCCCCACCCCUGAGCACCGUGGCAGUGGGGCAGAGCAGGGGGCAGCCUCGACUUGCUUCGGGCCAGGGGGUGUGGGGCUGAUGCAGGAGCAUCCGGUCCCCGGUUACUUUCGGGGGCGGGGGGAGGCUCCUUCCGUCUUUCAGUACCCGGGCGCGACUCCUGUUCACGUGGACUGUCUGUGCAGGAGCAUGGAAGGAGGAAGACGCCCCACCCCCACCUCCCCUCCUUCCCCUAUUGGGCUUGGAAGCGGAGCCGCAAACCCGGGCAGCGCUGACACCCUCGUCCCUCGCGGGGUAGCGGGACCUGCUUCCAAACCCCUCCGAGUCCCCAGGCUCCUUCCUUCUCCAGCCUGCCACCUCACUUCAACGUUUGAUCAGCAGGGGCGUUUCUUGGCCAGGAACAGCCCUGCCCCUGUGGCCUAGGAACUGGGGGUUCGGGGCCCGGAGACCCCCUAGGAGCCAUGUGGGAUCCUGCUCCGGCUCUGACUUGCUGAAGCCAACGUACCCUCGGAGCCCUGCUGGGUCGCUGGCCAGUGAUUUACCGUCAGCUCAGCUCAGGCCUCUUCCUCGGCCGCAAAGCGCCCAUCCGCAGGAGCCAGAGACUCGGAGGCUACAGGGAGCUGCAGGGGUGGGGGCAAAGCAGGGGAUUUGAAUCCUCUGGCCACAGCAGGGGCCCGAGUGCGGGUCAGGCGCUUGCAGGUGCCCGGCCUAUAGUCAAGCACUUCCCGAGCCGCGUCUGGCGUUCGGCAGCCGCCCCUCUCCAGCCGGGGGAUACGGGUUAGCUCUGGCCUGGCUCUGAGCCCAGCGGCUCCUGUCCCACGUUUACCGGGGCGAGUUACAAAGGAUGGGCUGUUUAUGGAGCCUUGUACGGGGCCAUCCCCACCCCCCAGCUUUGCGGCACCCCUGGAUUCCCGCAGAGGCAGCGGGGGAGGGGAGGCGGGCUUUGACAUUCCCGUGGGUGCUUCGUCUCGGUUCCCUGGCCUGCUUGCAGGGGCUGCAGGGGGGGCGGGUUGCCCGAGCGAUGUUCAUGCCAUAGAAUGUCCCAAUUCCCAGCAGGAAGGUGGCUGGGGAGCAGCGUUAUCCCUCCCCCUCCAGCUAAACUGCUCCGGGCUUUAGUCUUCAAAACACGUUCAGGUCCCGCUGGCCUUCAACCCAGCAGCCCCGCGACUUCUGGGAACUGUCCCUUCAGCACAGGGGGGGGGUCCCGGAGCUGUCCCUUCAGCACCCCCGGAGCUGUCCCUUCAGCACCACGUCCCCCCCAACUGUCCCUU